GAAACCCUGGUCGGACUUGACAGACGCCCUGGCCAAAGGAUUUGAGGCUGGACCAUUUCCUUUCUUAGCUGUGCCACUUCUAACUUGAGAAUUGGGGACAUUGCCGCGUUGUCCCUGCGAAUAGAGUGAAUACAUAUUAGAGUGGAGGGUCUGUUUCGCGUGGGUUUCCUCUCGCCCUCGAUGAAGGUCUUCAUUGACCACCCGUAUGUCAAUGACUGACUGGGCACCAUGCCUUCAGAUCAAGAAGAAUACCUGCUGCCGCCAUUGUCGCGAUUAUCAUACCCCGAACCCCACCGACUACAGAGGUCAUGGAGCCCAUUCGAUCCGGCCCCUCCGACCGACUCCGACCUUUCCCACAUUCGCUAUGAGCGCGCACCCUCGCACCAGGAGCAGGACAUAACAUCCCACCAUGAGCCCUCUCCAACGGUGGGCUUAGGAAUCCGAAACGCGAGACGCAGACCAGCGUCCAUCCACUUCGUUGAGGACUUGGACGAAGCGCGUCCCCGGGGAGAUUCGCGUUCCCCGCACCUGUCGGAGCAGGCAACGCCGCGGUCGCAUACCUCGAAAACACCCCUUGUGGACAGCGAGGUGCGAUGUCCUCAUAGAGAUACAAUCGCCCAGCGAUGGUUUCGCUGGGUGCCUAUGACCAUUCUGGUGCUGGCGGUAUAUGCGACCGUGUGGUCGGGGCUCUAUUUCUUUGUCGCCUGUCUGAAGCCGCGAUAUGGAAACUAUAUUGGUGUGGACGGCAAGCUCGCGGCCUCGACGGCCAAUUUACUCAGUGCAAUGUUCGCCAAGACGAUUGAAUUGGCGUACGUUACCGUUUUUGUCGCCUGUCUGGGGCAGUUCUUGAGUCGACGAGCUCUCCAAAAGGACUCUAACGGCAUCACCAUUUCAGACAUGAGUAUGCGGACAUGGAUCAUGCAGCCCGGAUCCAUGAUAGUUCACUGGGAGACGUUGCGUUAUUCGGCAUUGACCUUUCUCGGUGCGAUGACACUCACGGCGACCAUCAUCGCCAUGCUAUAUACAACUGCAGCUGAGGCAUUGGUAUCACCCAAAUUGCUCGAAGGACCGCAUGAAGACAGAACCCUAAAGGCGAAUGUGUCCACCGACUUCUUCAAUCCAGAUUACAUGGGGGUGAACUGCGAAUCACCGAUCCCCUACGAGGCGGACCCCUUGUACCGUGGUACAACAUGCCUCCAAAUGCAACACGUCGGACAGGCAUACCACAACUACGUGGCUUAUCUGAAUCGCUGGAGCAAGAUGGUUACCAACGGCAAACAUGCGUCGGCCGUACUAGAAGAACGACCUCCUCCCUCGGGAUCGAUCCAUGAUAAUACAACCGUGACUGGAAGCUGGAUCGAUCGCAGCAAUAUGACGGAGUUGUCACUGCACUACAACCGGAUGGUCCUGAAUGUGACGGCUGCCAUGCCUCAUGCCGGAGUUCUGGCUGCUGCAAAGGAACCCGUCAAUGGAGUUAAACAGCCCCAAAAUUCAUCAGAGGGUCAAUUUGACAUGAUCGCUGCUGCUCCAUGUCCUGCAGUGAAUGUUCUUUGCGUGGGCAUGAAUGCCAGUGAGUUGAAACCACUGAUAUAUGACAUGUGGCCUGGGAAGAAAUUCGACGUGGAGAAAUGGGGACAGCAAGAGAAGGAGCUACCUAGCUGGCCACACUCCUGGCUAAAUCGAACUGUCGUGGACGAUAUCUUCGGAUGGGGACCAAAGUAUGGAUGGCGUCCUCCAAUCUUCGGCAGGCUUCCCGCGGAGUAUCAGACAAUCCUCAACCAUUCGGCACCGUUUGGCAACGCGAUGUAUUUACUAGGGAAGCCUCCAAACGCCACUGGAGUCGACUAUGCCCUCUGUUCAAUGAAGGCGAAAAAGACACCACGUUGCUCGGUGCGAUACACUGCAUCGGCCAGUGGAGCAAGGUUUAGUACAGACUGUGAAAAGCCGGAUAACCCAUGGCAGUUCGACCGGUUCUUCCCAGAUGCAGAGGAUGGCAACUGGAGCCUGGACUGGAAGAACAUUGGGUCGGAAUGGGGUAAUUCCUUGAGCUUGAAUGCCGGCAUCAAUGACGGCAGGGCCGCAAAUGACCGAUUACUGAUGCAGCUCACCCCGUCCGGCUACUCCCUGGAACCAAGUCUACCCUCUUUGGCGGAGGCACUUGCAGUCAUGGCAGGCAAUACCUUGAUUAUGGGGACGGAGAACGCAACCUUCCUUCCCUAUUGGAAUCACUCUGAAGCCUCCCUCGCCGAACCCGAGACUCAAUACUUCAACGCCACCAUGAGUGUCGUCGAUUAUCAAUCCAGCGGGACAGAGAAGUGGCAGGGCGCCUUCUUUCCAGUCUUGUUCCUCACCUUUGCGACCAGUGUCCUCUGUCUAGGCUAUCUUCUGAGCGAAAAGGGACGGCAGCUUACCGACUUCACAGAGCCGCAAAACCUAUUCGCUCUGGCCAUCAACAGCCCGGCCACAUCACGAUUGGAAGGCGCUUGCGGUGCCGGGCCCCAAGGUCCACAUUUCAAGGAGAAAUGGUUCGUGGGUAUGGAAGAGGACGACGAGCAUUAUUAUAUUCGCACCAAGGCAGAGGAAAACACACCGCUGAUUUCGACGGCAAAGGUGUCCACCGAAUCUGAACGCCCAAAGUCAGUGAGUCCAGCACUAGAGGAGUACAGAAGAUUGUCUACAGGACAAGGUUUUGUGGGCAGGUGGUAUUAAAACAGUUUAUGUGUAUGAUAUAUGCGGAACCAGUGGGACUUUCUUUUGAAGCGAGCGUUUGUUGAUAAUACAUUGCAUGUUUAAUGUCUAUCUUGGGUGUACAUCCAUACGGCUUAAUGCAUAGAAAAUAUAUCAUAG